AUGCGGAGCGCUCCGAGCCGGUGCGCCGUGGCCCGCGCCCUGGUCCUGGCCGGCCUCUGGCUGGCUGCAGCCGGGCGCCCCUUAGCCUUCUCGGACGCCGGGCCGCACGUGCACUACGGCUGGGGCGAGUCCGUCCGCCUGCGGCACCUGUACACAGCGGGCCCCCAGGGCCUCUCCAGCUGCUUCCUGCGCAUCCACUCAGACGGGGCCGUGGACUGCGCGCCGGGUCAGAGCGCGCACAGUUUGAUGGAGAUCAGGGCAGUCGCUCUCAGUACCGUGGCCAUCAAGGGCGAGCGCAGCGUCCUGUACCUCUGCAUGGGCGCCGACGGCAAAAUGCAAGGGCUGAGUCAGUACUCGGCCGAGGAUUGUGCUUUUGAGGAGGAAAUCCGUCCGGACGGCUACAACGUGUACUGGUCCAAGAAACACCACCUCCCGGUCUCCCUGAGCAGCGCCCGGCAGAGGCAGCUGUUCAAAAGCAAGGGUUUUCUGCCGUUGUCUCACUUCCUCCCGAUGUUGUCCACCAUCCCAACAGAGCCCGAUGAAAUCCAGGACCACUUGAAGCCCGAUUUGUUUGCUUUGCCCCUGAAAACAGAUAGCAUGGACCCGUUUGGGCUCGCCACCAAACUGGGAGUGGUGAAGAGUCCCAGCUUCUAUAAGUAACUAGAGGCUCUGUCCUCCUCCCACCCCACCCCCAGCCCCUGGAGACCAGGACCCCAGGCCUGUGGUGCUUGCGGACUGGGUUUUCUACAAGUAUGAUCCUGAGUCCAGGUUCUAUUUAGCUUUAGGAAGAAACAUUUAGAACUUGUACAUAGACCAAGUUUUACAUUGGCUGUGCCAGUUUCUAGUGGACAGACUUGUAUGAUCAUAAAAUUGUAAGCCUUCCAUCCUACCCG